AUGGAUGGCAUUGGUGAGGCAGCCAAGAGCGAUUCACACUGGACCUCCAUCCCCACGAACUUGCUGCUGGCCGAGCUGCAGCGUCGAAACACGGAUGGCGAGAGACCACAGUGCGGUGGGAUACAGCAAGGGCGGUACGACACAGUCGCGCACGUCUUUGCGUUGCUGUUGAUCUUGGCGUUGAGCACUUUAGCAUGCGGGCUUCCCCUAUUAUCGCGACGAGCAACGACCGGGAGGUUUCGAAGGAACAUCAUCUUUUACUGCCAACAUGUGGGGACGGGCGUAUUGCUCGCGACCGCGUUUGUGCAUUUAUUGCCGAUGGCCUUUGAGUCCCUGACGGAUCCGUGUUUGCCGUACUUCUUCAGCAGCGGGUACAAGCCGCUCCCCGGCUUCGUUUCCAUGGUGUCUGCCAUUGUUGUUGUUGGCGUUGAAUCAUACCUGACCGCCAGGGGUGCCGGGCAUUCCCACUCUCACACCCACCAUUUUUUCGACCACGAGGAUAGCGAUGGGGACGGGGAGUUUCAGACGGUGCCACUAGACGACCACCCCGGCAUGUCUGAGCAGCGGGCGAGGAAUCACGGGCCAGAAGACAGAGCUCUGGACGAUGGUGAGGCUACUCAGGGCCUUGUUGCUGGUGUUUCGCCAUUGCCCGAAUCAACGCCGGUCAUGGCCACGGUCACGGCUGCCGCCACGGCCGCAGCCACGAAACGGCGCAAGUCUGACGACUCUGAUUUCAACGACGGCGGCGAUUCGGAUCUGGACCUCGAGAUGCACGAAUUGCAUCCCACCUCAGCCGAUGGCGGCACUCAUCGAAACAGUGGUGCUUACUCAUCCCUGAAGAAGCCAAGCGUGACGGCGGGUGCGACGGGCCCUGUGAUGUCGUCCCAGUCGCCCGAGGAGGUCAGACGCCAGCUGGUGCAGUGCCUCUUGCUGGAGGCGGGCAUCCUGUUCCACAGCGUCUUCAUCGGCAUGGCGAUCUCCGUCGCCACUGGCCCCGCGUUUGUCGUUUUCCUGGUAGCCAUCAGCUUCCAUCAGUCUUUUGAAGGGCUGGCACUCGGCAGCCGCAUUGCAGCCGUUCAGUUUCCCAGAAACUCCAUCCGACCGUGGCUCAUGGUCCUUGCCUACGGCUUGACCACGCCCCUCGGGCAAGCCCUCGGGCUGAUUGUGCACAACAUGUACGACCCUGCAUCGAUGGGCGGCCUUUUGGUGGUCGGAUUCAUGAACGCCGUCUCGUCGGGCCUCCUGCUGUAUGCUGGCCUGGUCCAGCUGUUGGCGGAGGAUUUCCUGACAGAAAAGAGCUAUCGCGUGCUCAAGGGCACGAGGCGUCUGCAGGCGUACCUGUGUGUCGUCGGCGGCGCUCUUUUGAUGGCAGUAGUAGGAGCGUUUGCCUAA